AUGCAAGUAUCGUCACUAGAGUCAGAUGAUUCGAUCCAAGGAGAGAAUGUCGUUACGAAAGUAUUUCUGUUUACGGCUCCGAAGAUUGCAGCACUUCGUGCACGGAUCGUUGAGUUAAGAAGCAGUAAUGUCUUGUCUAAAUAUCCGACUCGUACCGAAGUGCUAUCAGCUUUGAUAUGGAGGUCUUUCAUUAAGACUUGUAGAGUGAAAGCUGCCCGCAAGCUCACCCACUCAGUUGCAUCAACAAAACCCAUUAUCAUGAGAUCUCUAGCAAACUAUGCUGUAAAUUUUCGGACAAGGUUGAAUCCACCGUUGCCGCAUGUAUCAUUUGGCAAUAUUAUCAUGGAUGCAACAGCAGAGUCAACCACAAGAAUUGAUCACGAAGAGGUUACUCCGGGGUUCAUCGAAACUUUAGAUGAGUUGAUUGGCCAACUGAGACUAGGGGUGAAUAAGAUCGACGACGGAUACAUACGUAAAUUACAAGAAGGUGAUGUUGAGUUUUUAAAAUCACUUGAUGAAGCUUCGCAUGAUUCGAAUGACCAUGAAGGUGAUGAAAAUGAUGAGAAUAAGGUUCUUAUUUGUUGGUUAAACAGUUUAUGUAGAUUUCCAUUCUACGAAACUGAUUUUGGAUGGGGAAACCAUCAUGGGUAG